CGGAUGCCAAGGCUGCCGAGACCAUUAAUCUGCAAUCGAGAUCCGAUAAGCUUCAGAGGCCACGUUGAGAAUUAUACAAAGGAGCAGAGGCGUUGGGGACACGACAUAUAUAACUCGUCACUUAAUCCAGCAUUCCGUCUUCGCCUAAUAUGCUUCAACUUUCGCGAUGACAAGAACUAUCAAGCUGGCUCGAUGCCGCAAACGCACCAGCACCGGACGUCACCGCUUGCCGCCUAUUUCGGUAUUAGGUAUCAUAUGCAUGAUAUUGCUCGUGGUACCGACAGGAAGAGCACAUACCAGUCGCUUUGAAUAUGACAAACGAUCGUCCGAAGACUGGGGUGUGAUAGGCUCCCGGGUUGACUACGAGGAGCCUACCGAGGAACAAACGCAUAAGCUUCUCGACAGAGGGAACGAUAUUCAGAGAUCUCAGUCGAACAGGGUUGCCAUCAUUGGAGGCGGCAUCGGCGGCAUAUCCACCGCGUAUUUCUUAAUGAAUGAAAAGAACCGACCAGAUCUCACUCAAGUAACCAUCUUCGAAAAAGAACCUCAAUUCGGAGGACGAAUCCAUUUUAUACAAAUCUACGAUCACGGUACUACCGUGAACACGGCCGACCAUACCUUUGACGCGGACGAUGCUCUGAUCGAGGAAAUGUGUAGCCUUACAAGCAUACGACUUGAAAGCUGGUCGCAUGAUGGCUGGAAUACGGAAUCAAGAAGCUUUUUGUACUGGAUGAACAAAAUUCUAGGGAAUUCCGCGAGUUGUUCGGCCGAAGACCAGAGUGGAAUAACGUGGAUUGAGCUUGCACGUCUUUUGCGACGGAAUAUGGCCGAUCUUUCUUUCUGGAGAAAAUAUUUGGGAUACGUCCGUGUCGCGUUAAGGGAGAGUGGCAGAUCAAAUCGCUGGGAAAGACGAGGAGACGACUGCGGAAAAUGCACCAACCCUCUUCUACUGGCCGGAUCUCAGGCACAAGCCGGUCAGACUGUGCAGUUGAGAAGCCAAAUCGCACUCUCCGAUGACUUGUACAACAAGCCUCAGAAACAACUUCGAUGGAGUCAACAUGAUCGGAUCUUCACAGGUUUACUUGGUGAUCUAUACGAAUAUGAGGAAGUUACCUUACACUACGAUUCUGCGGUGACUCGAGUGACGAGGUACAGCAAUGGGACAUUUGGAGUACACUGGGUUCAGACUGGAGACGAUGGAUCUGAAAGGUCCCAUAUGGAACAGUUUGAUAAUGUGAUUAUCGCGGCACCUUUUCACCAAACAAAGCUUGAGAUUGAACCUCCUCUUCCCUUGGAACCAGAAAAGAUCACGUACGCGCCGAUUCAUGUUACAAGCCUUGUUUCACAAGCACUGCCCGACAGUCUUCUCCUCCAGUCCCAUGGAGAACGAUGGAGGACAUCGGCCGCCUUUCUGUGGCCUGCAUAUCUCCUCGAUCGAGUCCCCGGUUUGAACACAACGAGUCUCCCCUUCAUCGCUGUUGCCCGUGAACGAACCGUGUGCUAUGAUUACGACUCGUCACCGCACGAUCUCACAAGAGUGGUUUCGGGAGACUUGUUUUCGGGUGAUGACAUUGCGGCCUUGUUCCGCGAUGCACGCGAGAAUGUUACAUUCCCUCAUCAAUCAUGCUCUAUACCCCAACAAGCACAGCCUGAUGUGGUGCAGCCAAAAUACGAUAUUGUUAGGGAAGAACUUGCAUUGGAGAACGGUGCAGUCAACAGGUCGUCUGGGUGUGUGGAACGGCCGAUGAUAGCUUGGGUUCAUCGAGAUUAUUGGCCGGAUGGGUUGCCUAUUAUCAAGCAAGGUGGAAAGCAUGGUGAUCAUGGUCAAUGGAGGGAGUUGGUCCCGGGAAUGUUCUAUGUCAAUGGAUUCGAAGGGCGAGAAGGGGCGUCCGUGUCAAAGAGUAUUGCUAGUGGAAGGAAAGUGAAAGAUUUGCUGCUGGGGAGGUAUGCGGUUGGUUAAUCUUUAUUAUACCAUGGUCAGAAAAUCUACAACGCGGCCAUGAUUAGUGGGUGCAUAUGUAUUCUGGAAACAACCGAAAAAUAGUUUGAAAAAUAGGGUCUAUUGCAGAACCUUGAUAUUACACCCAGAGCUGAUUAUGAAUUCGCUCAACAAGAGGCUAAUUGCAACUCCGCAUGCUCUUCCACGAUACUAUGCUUAGUCAAAUAGCACCACCGCACUAUCUUUCACGAGUUUCGGUCCGAGCACCGCGGCAAGCUCAGCAACAAUGCCUUUGACCGACUGCGGACUAUCCAUCGGCAUUCUAUCCCAGCCAACAAGAUCCUAUCUGGUAUUAGAACUUGACGCCAUUAUUUGGUCCGAGAUAAAAGAGAUACUUACGUCCAUCUGGACGAAUGAUCCAUGGUACAGCAGAUACCAAUGGUCCAGGUCCAGGGCCUUCACCUCCUCCAGCGUCAACACACCGGGCAUAUUGAUGUCGAAGAGGGACAGUUCCGUUUCAUCCACGUCGGGGUCAAUAUCUGGGAACGGUCUGGCAUCUUGCGGGGCCCGCUCUCGGGACAUGGAGACAUAGGGCUGGGUGUCAAGCUUUUUGGAUAGCUCGCCAUCGAGCGGGUCCCAGUCGUAUGAUUCGGG